AACCCCCACGCCCGAUGUUUGCUAUUUCUUUUUGGGUGGCGAAUCUGCGAAUUGGCCUUUUGUUUUUAGAACUGAAUUGCCCGCACUACUUUUUAUUUUACCCUUCAAAACACCUUUUUACACUCUGCAACAGCAAUGCAAAUGCUAACGAGAUAUAUUGCUGUUGGCACCAUACGCCAACAGCACGCACACAGGGCCGGCUUUAAUAGAACCAACUUUGCGGCUGACAUGCUGUCUCGAGCCAGUGCAUUGCGCGCUCGCAGGCUGCAUGUUGAGCGGCUGGAGCCACAGCCGGAGCUUGAAGGCAAUUUGCAAAGCAACGAGAAGCUUGCGGUGUUCAAGGCAGGCUUGUUUAUGGACAAGGUAUUUCCACUGCAGAUCUCGUCACUUGACAUCCGGCCAUACAUUAUGAGCCGCAAUGCCGAAGCCAUGAAGAAGAAGGUAGCCGCGCUCAUCCCCACACAGCUGCCCCACCAGUUCGCGGUCAGCGACAUCGAGCCACACAGUCGGGAUGGCGGGAGCAUCGUCUAUUUUACGUAUGUUGCGCCGGAGACGCAGGAGGACGCCAAGCGCCUGGGUACAGAGCUCGUUAGUGCUGUUGAUAUGCAUCUGGGCGCGGGCGGCGGCGGGCGCAACUGGUUUGACUUAUCACCCAUUCGCUCGCUGCCUGUCAAGGGCGUGCCGUUUUCGGAGGACAUUGUGCGGAUGCUGCCAUCCAAAAGGAUCAAGAUCGAGUUUGUCGGCCCUGAUCUGACCGUCGAGCAGAUCUUCCAAGAGUUCCGCCAGUUUGGUCGCAUACUAGACAUUGAAAUGCAGCCGCCCUCAAACAAGGACACGCCGCGUUGGGCUGUUGUGCAUUUCACCAAGCUUCGAUCGGCGACCAGCGCUCGCAAUUGCGUCCACGGCGACAUUGUCGGCGCGACUAAGCUGCUGCUGUCGUAUGUCAGGGAGCGGCAUGAGAAUUUCAUUGUACAGUGGGUCAAGGAUCACCAAAAGUUCAUGAUCCCUCUGGCCGCCGCCGCCCUGAUAGCCGCCAUAUACGCUGUUUUUGAUCCCAUUCGUGAGUUCUUUGUCGAGAACAAAACCACGCACCGCUUUGAUCUCUCUCGCAUCCCCUUGUUUGGCAGCGUGCGCAAGGCUGCUGUGCGCACUAUGUUGCACCGCGGUGCAUCCACUGGCGCCAACGGCAGCCUUGACCAGGACAUGUCGGCGUGGGCAGGGCUUUACGACCAGAAGGAGCGCCUGGUAUCAAUUCUCAACGAACCCCCAGAGAGCUUUGUUGUGGUCACUGGCCCGCGGGGCUCGGGCAAGACCAAGGUGGUCGAGCAAGCGUCUCAGGGCAAGCAGUACCGCAUUGUCAUUGAUGCCAACAAGCUAGCUUCUCAGCCGAGCGAGCUCGAGCAGAUGAGCGUGCUGGCACGCCAGCUCGGCUGGUGGCCUGUGUUCAACUCCAUCAUUGGAAUCACAAACGCCAUCGAUCUGAUGGUUGCUGCGACCACAGGGAGCAAGGCCGGUAUUUCAGCCACACCUGAGUCCCAGGUGCGCCGGAUUCUCGAGUGUGUGGCCCUUGUCCUCACCAAGAUCCGUCAUAAGGGCCUUGAAGCGCUGGAUGCCGACGAGAAGCGCAUGCUGAAGAGACACCAGGACAACAACAGCAGCAGCGACAACAACAAGGACUCAAUUAACAACGACAGUGAGUUUACGCCAUCCGCAAAGAACUUGCCGCCAAAGGAGAUCCCGGUAAUCGUGCUGGAAAACUUUAUGGACAAGGACCUGCCCUUUUCAAAGAUCAUUCUGGAGUGGGCAGCGACCGUUGUUGAGGCCGGCCUGGCGCACUGCAUUGUCACAACAAGCAACAUUAGCGGGUACCACGAGAUUCUGCGCGCCCAGCCGCAGCACGCAGCCAGCCUGAUAUCCCUGGACGACGCCAGCCCCAUGGGGGCGGUGACUUUACUCCAGAAGCAGCUGGCUUCUGUGCUGACAGCUUCCUCGUCGGACAGUGGAGAACAGGCCCAGCUAUCCAAUGUCAAAGAUAAUGAUGUCAUUGACGCAGAGUACCAGCGCCGGAUGGACAUGAUCUUGGGCGACCAACUGGCGGCUGCCGCUGGCGUGCUCGGGGGCCGGCUCGAGGACCUACAGCUUUUUGUGCAAAAAGUCAAGGCUGGUGAGAACAUCAACUCAGCGCUGGAGGACAUUAUCCAGCGGUCCAUUACCGAUAUCCGCAAGUACGCCUUUGCCAACGACUCAGAGGUCGGCCAGUGCGAACACACGUGGUCCCCAGAGCAAUUCUGGUACGUGCUGUCCGAGCUGGCUCGGAACGAAAGCGUUGAGUACGACCGCAUGCGCAACUCGCCCAUCUUUGCCGGCAGUGACAACGCGAUUCUGGGGCUCGCCGAGGCGCAGCUCAUCACGAUGGUGUACGACAACGACCGCCCAUCGCGCAUUCGCCCUGGACGCCCGGUGUUCUACUCGGCGUUUAACCGCAUAGUCGAGGACCCUGGCUUCUCCAGUACCAUGGGGAUUAAGAUGAACAAAAAGUUCAUCGAGCUGGAGACGGCAAAGAUCCGCAAGGCCGAAGAGGAGCUAGCUCUCCUCAAUGUGUUCAAGACCAGCGCCGAGUCGUACAAUACGCUGACGUCGGGGUUGGCUCUUAUUGCAGCGUCGAGGGACUCCUUCGGCGACCAUCACAAAGCGCACAAAAUGUUGAAGGACAAGGGCAAGAGUGGUUCCAAGAGCAAGGAUGCCGACUCCGCCGAUGUGAUUUGCCCGGAGGCAUACAUUGCACAGGCGCUUCGUGCGAGCAACUAUGGCCUGGCUGCAACAGUAGCGAGUGGUGAGGCUGGAGGCGUUACUGCGCUUACUGCAGGUGGCGCGCGUGACGGCCAGCCACAGACCUUACCACAGUCGCAGUCGUGGCUUGGCUGGCUCUUUGGCCGCACCGGCUCUUCGACAGGUCAAAAUGGCGCGCUGUCGAUCAACUCUGCAGCGGGUGCCAGCGGCAGUGAGGCCAGAGGUGUAGAUGCAGAACAGCAGCCGCUGGUAAUGACUGUCAUUCCAGGAAUCCCCUUUGAGCUGCAGGGCCGAGUGCAGUUCCUUUUGCGGACCAUCCACACAUCCCAGCAAAAGAUCGACAAAUGGGACGCUGAGAGCCAGGCCAAGACUCGCUGCCUUUCCAGCCUGUGAGCACGGAGACAUUGAGAUUUAGCACGAUUACAUGCAUGCAAGACUGUUUCUUUGAUACUGCGUAGUCAUGGGAUUUCUGCGUUUUUUAGCUUUCAAUUUAAUAUGGCAGGAAAGAAAUUGGCCGUGCGCAAAAAACAAAAACAGUUUUAUGCAAGUUAAAUUGCGCCAAACUGUUGUCUGUUCCAACCAGCCAAUCGCUAUCGUUUGCCACUUUUGAAUAUUUGAAAAGCGUGCACCUGUCACAAGUAUUUCCUUUUCUGGUUGUGGUUGAGCAUAAUAGUGGCCACGCAAAGAGAAUAGAGAAGAGGGACGAUGCAGAUGGUCUGAACUUGCUUUUUUGAAUC